GGGUGAAAGUUAUGCUAUAGUUAUGCUGUCUGUCAUAUUCCAGUUAGCACUCGCUGGUGCAACAACUUUCCUGUGAGUAAUUUUAUUUUCGUGUCAGGAGCAGAUAGUGCAGCAAAAGGCACCGGGGUGAGGUUGUAGAAGAGAAGGGAACUCAUUAUCUACAUUCACACUGUGGAAGAGGAAACUACAAAAAAGCUUCUGCCAGUGGGCUCUCCGUACCCAAAGCGGCCUUACUCAUACUGAUGCAGCCAGAGAUCAAGACGAAAUGGGUGAACAAACAGCGGGUGAUGAUCUUUGCUUCAAGAGGCAUCACGUUCAGGGACCGUCACCUUAUGGUCAACCUGCGCACACUGCUUCCGCACGCAAAGUCAGAGUCAAAAAUGGAGAAGAGGGAGACAAAUGACUUCAUCAGUGAGGUGUGUGAAAUGAAGAACUGCAAUAAAUGCAUUUACUUCGAGAACAAGAAACGGAAAGACCUGUACAUGUGGAUUUCCAACGUGCCAAGUGGUCCAUGUGCAAAGUUCCUCGUUGAAAACGUGCACACAAUGGAAGAACUGAAAAUGACCGGAAACUGCCUGAAGGGUUCCCGGCCCUUACUGUCUUUCGACAAGUCGUUCAAUGACCACCCUCACUCGAAGCUUCUGAAAGAGUUGCUUGCACAGGUGUUUGGUACGCCUAGGCACCAUCCUAAGAGCCAGCCAUUCAUUGACCAUGUGCUCACGUUCAGCUUACUGGACAAUCGCAUUUGGUUUCGUAACUACCAGAUCGUCGAGGAAGAUGGUUCUUUAGUUGAAAUUGGUCCCCGAUUUGUGCUGAACCCCAUCAAGAUCUUCAAUGGGAGCUUUUCCGGGGAAGUCAUCUACAGCAACCCCAACUACAUCACACCAAGCUCUCAUCGCCGCGCAUUGAAAUUGGCAGCCGCGCACAAGUUCAGGAGCCGCAAGGAGGCCAAGGCAAAUUUUGCGCAUCGUGUGGCCGAGGGUCCAGAGCCUGCCAACCCCGUCGAUGAAAUCUUCACGUCGCUUCAACCAGAGGACAUCAACCACAAGCUUGUCUCGAAACGAAAAAAGAGAAAAAUACAGUGAAUGCCCUCUA